AUGCGUCAACCCAUCGCCAGACUUAGACUUUGGCUUCAUGUUUCGGCACCCUGACUAAAAAAUUGGCUGUGUGGCACCUCAAAAAAUUAUUUAUGAACAAAAAUUCGAGGAUUUUUUAAAAACCAAGCUGCAAGCCCAAAUAGAGAAAAAACGGCAUCAAUUGAAAAGUGGGGAAAAUGAAAUACCUGAUAUAAUAAAGUUCCUAAAAGAAGAGUUUUUAAGGCUGACUCGAAAAACAGCUUCGAGACUGGAAAAAGGCGUUUUUAUAGCUGAGCUCAAGAAAAAUCCUCUUUUGGCUGAAGUUUUUGGGUUUGAUGAAAAUAG